GGCGGUAAGGUGAUGCCUGGCCCCAGGCCCGGCCCCAGGCCCGGCCCGGCCAUGGCCACGGCCUGCACGUCCAGGAGGCGGCCCAGGGCGCAGGCGGUGCUGCUGGUGCUGCUGCACUUGCUGUGGACCAUCCCGCUCGGCGUGCUGGGCGUGACCAUCACCAACCUGAAGGUGCCGUCCACGGUACAGAACGGCUCCUCGGGCACCAUCCUGGACUGCGAGUACUCGCUGCUGCCGGACGAGGCGCAGCCCACCUCGGGGCUGGUCAUCAAGUGGUACUUCAACUCGCGCCCGGCGCCCGUCUACCAGUGGAUCCCGCGCCAGAAGCCCCAGGACCUGGACCUGCUGCGCGGCCGCCUGGACAUGAACUACACCGCCAACAACCACGCCGCCAUGGAGCACCGCGCGCUGCGCAUCCUCAACGCCACCACCGACCUGUCGGGCGAGUGGAAGUGCUCCGUGUCCACGUUCAAGAACGAGGACUUCAUGAUCAAGAAGAUGGUGGUGUUCGUUCCGGAGAAGGGCUUCGAGGUGAUCAAGAGCAAGACCAACCCCCCGGACCACGUGAACGUGACGUGCCGGGCGCACGGCGUCUUCCCGGAGCCGCGCAUGAACCUGUACCGGGACCCCGGCCCGACGGGCAAGUCCAGCGGGCUGCCCGGCGUCACGGUGAACACGGUGAACCGGCAGGGCGUGUACGACAUCACGGCCUGGACGCUCAUGCCCGAGAGCGAGAUCGACAACCCCACGGUGCUGGAGUGCGAGCUGCGGCUGCCCGACGCCAACUACACCAAGAGGAAGAGGAUUCUCGUGUACUCCGGCAGCAUGGGGUUCCUCAGUGCCGGAGCGACCCCGCUGUGCCAAGCGUCCAGCUGGUGGAAGACGAUGGCCGCCGCGCUGCUGCUUCUGCACCAGCUCAAGCGCUGAGCAGCCACGCCAGGUUCCAGGAGGGCUGGCGCUGCGGUGUGCCACGGAUCCGACCGGAUUGCGACCGACCAGCAGGAUGGCACACUUCGGGACGAGCGACGCGGCGCCACGCGGCGCGACCUGCCGAGCUGAGUGAUUGCGUCUCUGUCCGACUCGACUGCGAGGCGCGGCGGGCCGUCUAGAUCAAAUUGUUGAUCUUUUGUCGGAUCCUCGCGGUGGAGCUUCGACUGAGUGUUUCCGAGCGGACGGACAGACAGACAGAUAGACAGGCAGACUGACCGGCGCACGGCCGCCUUGAUUUUUCGUCUUUCCACUUUCUCCGAGGAGAAAUGAUUCGCUUCCCUUUUGUCUUGCUCGACGUGAGCGAAA